AUGGACCCUCCCUCGCCCCCGACGUUCGCGCCCAGGCCACGCCACCCCCGCUCACCGUGCGCGGAGCAGAAGCACGGCCGGAGCUUGCGAGCUCUGGAGCAGAAAGCGGAUGGCCUGGACCCCGGCGCCUACCGGCACGAGAACAAUGACCGGACAGGAAGUGCCUGGGGAUGGGCUUCCGGCUCCCCAAGUCGCCAGACCAGCCUCUCUAGGAAUCUUGGAGGUACUGUCUUCUCGUUGGGUGUCCAAUUUCGCUACCGAUCUGGGAUGGAAGAACAAGCUUAG